AAACUUGUCAAAUUUUAUUGUCAUUGCGCACGUUUUUUUUAAGUAUCAUUAAAAUUUGUAGUAUAAAAUUAUGUAUUGGUCAUAUUUAGAUGAAUAUUGCUCGACUUCCAGCAGCGAUUCAGGAGAAUUUCUGGAUUCUAUCAGUUCCAAUCAAGAUUAUGGCGAUUUUCAAAAAAAUUCAGUGCCAAAAGACGACACAUUUUCGGAAGAAAGAUGUAUUUAUCAAGAUGAUAAAAUACUUUGUCGAACAGAACGAAAUUGCAGUCCUGUUGUUCAAGAACCUAUGUCAGAAAAUGAUUUAACAGAAUGUUUGAGAGUGGGCGAGGACAUGCAAUCGAUUUUGAUUAGAAAAGACGAAUAUAUAUCAAAUCUCAAAAAAUUAUUAUCUUGUCAACGAGAGCAAUUGUAUUUUUUUUUAAAGAUGUCUAUUGAUGAGAACACGCUGGCGCCACUAAAGGAUACAUGUCAAGAAACUGACGCACUUUAUGAUAACGAAAACCUUUCAUUGGCUUUGGAUAGAUUUAAACACAAAAAUAAUUUUCCAUCAGAACAAACUUUACUGCGAGAGGAUAUUCUAAAAAGUCUAAUGAGAUUAGAGAGGCUUAUUAAAUAUCAGGAAAAGUUGUCGAGAAGUUUAGAAAAUGAUUUUUUGCAAUCUCCCGUAAAAGAAAAAAUAGAUGCCAUCGAGAUGUAUCAGUUCAAAAAUCACGAUAUCUUCGAGAAUAAAAUGUUAAGCGGAACGCAACAAUUGUUUCAAAGUGUCGAGACCCUGAGAAUUCAAUUAAAACGAAUCGGAUUAAUUGAGGAUGAACGAAUUCAUUUGAUUGAACGAGUUUAUUCAUUACCUUCUAGUGAGAGACAAUAUUAUGCACAUUUGAUGAUGCUAGAAAGAGAAAAAAUUCGAAUACGCGAGGAAAUCGAGGAACUAAAAGAGCAACGAAAUAACCUUAGAGAAACCACACAAAUUUUACAAGAAACUGUCGGAUCUAAGCUGAAAACUUUUACAUGGACAAAAAAAUGUGCAGCAGUUGUAAAAUCGCGUUCAGGGGAGGAAGAGUUGAGGAUUAAAAAAGCAUUAGAGGAAAAGGAAGCUGCCGAACAAGAAAAGAGAGAAAGUCGAAAACGAUACGAGGAAAAACUGCGUUCAGAAAUGGAAAAAUACAGACAGGAACUCGCUAUCUUGCAGGAAAAGCAGAAAAAAGACGAGGAAGACCUCAAAAGCUGGGAAAUGCUGCAAAGAUUGAAGAGAGACGAAUUCAACAAAGAAAUCGCUGCAAAGGAUUUUGAACUGGAAAGAUUGAGGAAACAAAAAAUCGCUGAAAGUCUCCGGAGACAAAUUGCAUUGCGAGAGGCUGAGCAAAAACGAUUGGCAUUAUUGGAUGUUGAUGAUGUGAAUAAAAUUAUUGAAAAAACGAAUGAGAAAGUUCUUCGAUAUGGAGAAGAAGUUAUCAAAGAAUCCGAAGGCGUCAGACCCCUUUUUCCAAUCAUUAAAGUUGUUGAGCAAUUUAAAAAAGAAAUCGGAUUAGCCCCACGAAAAGUUUCUGCAAAGCCCGUUAUUCCUGUUAAGAAAUUUAAAAAAAAGCGGCAACCUCUUUGUGCAAAUCCAAUUUCAGAAAAUCAGAUUUGUUACAUUUAAUAGAAGCAAUAUGAUCAAGUUUAAACUAAUAUACGAAUUUUUCAUCUUUGAUAUUUUUUUUUGUAUUUAUUAAAGUCUUUUUAUUUACACACGUGAAGACUUCUCUCUGCGCAAAAAGAAUCCAAGAUACUGCAAA